ACGGGGAGAAGGGGAGACACGUGGAGACACGGAGACACGGGGAGAUCCGGGGACACGGGGAGACACGGAGACACCCCAAAGCGCUGAGACGCGGGGAGAAGGGGAGACACGGGGAGACGCGGAGACACGUGGAGACGCGGAGACACGGGGAGACACGGGGAGGACGAUGUCCGCACUGCCGCGGUCUCUGCUGUCUCGGGAGAUGGACGCGAGCGUGAGACAGCUGCUGGAGGAGACGCUGAGACUCGUGGACGUGGAGACACGGCUUGAACAGGGGGUCUACGGGGAGAUGGCGGAGAUCACGGUUGAUCCAUCUUUGGCGUUCCUAGACAAUUUUGUCUCGCAGAGUCUCCAGGAUGGAGCAUCCCCCUACAGAGCGCGGACACGGGGACACGGUGAGACACACGGUGUCUCCUUUGAGCAUUUCGAGGUGGAGACACCGUUCGUGACGUCUCCGUCUUCGGGAGACAGAGCGUCUGCAGACACGGACGAGACGACGGAGACACCGACAAGUGUUCCCCGCCCAGCGGCUCAGAGCGGGGUGUGGAACUCCGCGGGCUACACACCACCACCACCACCACCACCACUUCCUCCACCACCACCACCACCACCUACCGCUCACCACCACCACCACCGCUCGAUGCCCGAGGUGGAGGCUGGGCCGGGGUCAGCGCCGGCGGUGGACGUGAUGGAGACGUCCCUCUUCAGGGGGGUUCAGUGCCAGGCGCAGGUGCUGCCCCCUGCUCUCCACCUCUCUACCCAGGAGACGUCUCACGCUCGGGUCAGCUCCGUGGAAAAUAGACGACCUUUGACCUCCGGCACACUGCUCAACGUUGCCGGCUCAGUGAGCCCGCUGCUGGUGAGUGAGGGUGAGUUUGGGCGGCUGUGGUUGACGCUCACCGCGGACGAGGCCCGAACGAGCCUGGCCUUGCCUGGGCCCCACACGGAGGCCUCCCACACCGAGGCCUCGGUCGACGCUCUCAUCAGCAGCCUCAGCCUCCACCCCGUCAGUCACGUGGGCACCGAGUGGCUGUGUGCUGGCCGCUUUGUCUCUCCGGGUCCUGCCCUGGGGGCUCCGCCGCUGCUUCUCCUCGUCCACGCACGACUCCUGCCCCAGGGGCUCCUCCAGCUGUGGAUCCGCACGUCCACGCGUGGCCUGGUUCAGGGCCUGGCCCAGGGCCUGGCUCAGGGCCUGGCCCAGGGCUUGGCCCAGGGCCUGGCUCAGGGCCAGGCUCAGGGCAAGACUCAUGGCCAGGCUCAGGGCCAGGCUCAGGGCCAGGCUCAGGGCCUGCCUCAGGGCCAGGCUCAGGGCAAGACUCAUGGCCAGGCUCAGGGCCUGGCUCAGGGCCAGGCUCAGGGACUGGCUCAGGGCCUGGCUCAGGGCCAGGCUCAGGGCCUGGCUCAGGGCCUGGCUCAGGGCCAGGCUCAGGGCCUGGCUCAGAGCCUGGCUCAGAGCCUGGCUCAGGGCCAGGCUCAGGGCCAGGCUCAGGGCCUGCCUCAGGGCCUGCCUCAGGGCCUACCUCAGGGCCUGGCUCAGGGCCUGGCUCAUGGCCAGGCUCAGGGCCAGGCUCAGGGCCUGCCUCAGGGCCAGGCUCAGGGCCAGGCUCAGGGACUGGCUCAGGGCCAGCUGCCUGGGCAGCACAAGGACUCACUCACAUAAGCCUGGCACAGCAGCACAACCCGUGGCACCUG